AAAGCCAGUUACAGAAACAGAAAACUAGCACGGACGCAUGCAGGAGAACUUUUUUAUUUUUUUUAUUAUUUCUUUUACAUUCUCUGCAUGAUCCUUUCAAGGGAUUGCUGUUGAAACAUGAUCUAGAUUCUGGAGAGUUUUAUUUCUGCAACACGGAUAAUCCAGAAUAAAUUUUUAAGGCAAUGGCACAGGAGAAGGGCUCCGAAAAUAGCCCUCUGUCCUUAUCCUUUUCAGGCAGCGGUUUCCUUUCCUUGUAUCAAUUAGGAGCAGUGAAAGCCCUGCGGGAACUGGCACCUGAAAUCCUACAGUCAGCACCGAGGGUUUAUGGAGCCUCCGCCGGGUCUCUGGUGGCUGCGGCCGUAGUCUUCCAGACUAACUUGGAAGAUGUAGCCAAAGUAAUGUUGGAAACUGCAGCAGAAGCCAGAAAGACUAUACUUGGUCCAUUCUACCCAAAAUUUAAUCCACUCAAAAAUUUACUCAGAAGUUUGCAGCAACUUGUGCCUGACAAUGCACACCAGCUGGCUACUGGUAGACUUCAUAUUGCUGUUACCCGGUUAUCAGAUUUGAAAAACAUUAUUAUCUCCGACUUCAACUCCAAAGAGGAGGUUGUGCAGGUUUUACUAUGCAGCUGCUUUGUUCCUUACUACUGUGGUUUGGUUCCUCCAUCAUUUCGAGGUGUGAGAUAUAUUGAUGGUGGAUGUAGCAACUUCCAUCCUUUUUUCAGCCUUAAAUCCAUCCUUACAGUGUCUCCUUUCACGGGGGAGAUUGAUAUAUGUCCCCGGGACUGUCCAGUCUCUCACUUUUGCAUUCAGAUUUCGCAUGCCAGUUUUCAGCUCUCAUUGGAGAACUUUGGCAGACUGAUUCAUGCCUUAUUUCCACCACAAACAACGAUACUUACCCAGUAUUACUGCCAAGGUUAUAAAGAUGCCACUUGUUAUCUUAACCAGACUGACAAGAUGUUUAAAUCUCCAUUCAAGAAAACCCUGAAAACUACGGUUAGAUGCAGGAUUCUGAAAAGACACUGCGUGGACAUCUUACAUUAAUAUAUCUUUUCUGGAACUGAAUAUGUAAAAUUAAAGUCAAUUGCUUUUGUUUUGUUUUUAUCAUGAAAAGAUGUUUAAAUGUAAAUUAAUUUAUAAUAUAUAUGUCAGAACUUUUAUAUGGUAUUGUAAUAUGUAAACUUUAUGUAAAAUUUAUGUAUAUCAUGCCAUAAACUUUAAUGACAA